AUGGCGGAUGACUCUGGAGAUAGCAAUCACGUACCAUUACCUGCGAAUGACACAAAAGAGUUGAUCGAGCUACUAUACCCUAUUCCAAAGUUAGGAUGUACAUUCAAACUCAAACAAGUAGCAGGAGACGGUUCUACGACCGGAUCUAGUCUCUGGCUUUCCUCUCAAAUUCUAGUAUGCUAUCUCCAGCAAAAGUAUGAUCGAAGAAUACCUCCGAAAGAUUUCAGCAAUAAUCGAGUGAUCGAAUUAGGCGCAGGGAUCGGGUUGACGUCAUUGGUUUUGGAGAGAUUGGGUUGGAAUGUGAUUGCAACGGAUAUUGCGCCUCCUUUGCAUACAGUCUUAGGACCGAACGUAAGCCGGAACAGUCAAGGUGGUGUAGAGGUGCGUUCAUUGGAUUGGACGACAAUCUCUAAUGAUGUGAUUGACGAAAGUGACUUUGAUGUGGAUUUGGUUGUUACUGCCGAUACAAUCUAUCAACCUGCAUUAGUUGAUGGGUUGUGCAAAACGAUUCAGCUUCUCUUGAUAAAGGCAUUGAAAGGGCAAAGUUCACAUGCUCAGCAAACGAUCAAGAAGGCAUCUUCGUCUCAGAAACGUCCACAUGCACUGAUCGCAUUAGAGAGACGAGAUGAUAAACAAGUUCAAACUGCUUUAAAUCAUGCAAGAGAGCAACACAAUCUUAUCUUGAAGCAAAUACCGCCUCGUGAAGUUCGUAAAGCCGUUGAUGCAUGUUUCGGCAAUUCUCCCGAUUGGCCAAGACAGGUGUGGGAUGAUGUAGAAAUUUGGCGAGCAGAUUAUUUCGAUCAAGAUGUAAUUUAG